UUUGUCAUUUACUCCCUCUGCUGCAGUAUUUGGUAGUAUAAUAAAUAACCUGAAACAGAUCUCAUUAGCAAGAUCGCGUUUUCUCAUAUUCACAAAACCCACACAACCACAUAAAUGCUUCCAGAGAGCUAUGAUCAUUGAGACCAAAUCCAUCCCAGGAUGGCAGAUGUGCUUGUGUUCUCAUUUUGCACCUGAAAAGCCCUACCUGCCUACUUCAUCUGCACAUGUGCCACCAGGAAAGGCUUUUCACUUUGUCUGCCUGGUCUGGGAGCUAAUCAGAUACCAGCUGUGCAGGUGGGAGGUUAGGCGAAGGAUACACCUGAAAUGGUACUGCUCCAUUCCAGAGGUCCGUGAUCCUGAGUUUGUGCAAAGCCAGCCUGGAACAGAGACACAUGCUGCCUUCUGGCCUCAAAGCACUAAACUGAGUUCUAUUUGGCCACCAGCAAAUCUAACGGCCCACAGAACACAGCCAUGUGCAGUGAUGCUACUGGACAUAAAAACCCCUGAUCACCAAGCAGAGCUGAGUGGUGGCCAGGGAGCAGCUAUGGGGCUCUGGGUGCUGUCAGAAAACGGCCAGAAGAGCCCUAAACCUCAUAGAUAUGAGUACAAAUACUACUGUGAUGUCUGCUGUAGAACUGCAGACAGCCUUCCAACACAACUCCCAUCUCACACGGCCCCUGGGCAUGCUGCCUGCCAGCCCAGCUCCUGCUGCACCAACCUGCACAGCAUGAGGCUUCCACCCGCCUCCCAGCGCAGGGCUCAGUGGCACCCCUGAGCGCUGCUGUCCGGAUGAUGCUGUAGCUCUUGCAGGUAUUAAACAUUACAGAACUGAACCCUACUGCAACUGAGCCUUUCUUGAGCUAGGAAGUGGUCAGAAUUUGGCUUAUUCGAGUUCUCCUCCCCUCCUCGACAGAGAGGGCAAGUAAUAGGCCCUCUGAUAGAAAUGUUGUCCUGGCGUAUCGAUAUUACAUCUUAGUGACAGAAUGAUUAGGCUCCCAUAUAUCAGCGUUACAGCAGCUCAGUGCGGGGAGCUGCCGGUCCAUGGCAACGCAGCACAGCUCCCUGCCACCAAAUAAUUACAUGAUGCUCUGGGGAAAGACAAGUUUUCCUAACACACAGCCAAUCUAUCAAGAGGGAAAACUCUUCCUGACCCAAAUGGCAGCUGCGAUCACAGUAUGAAUGUGAGCUAACCACCAUAAUGUCCUCGUCCACUACUUUGCAACCAGUAACUGUUAAGUGUACUGCUGGCAUUUGCCCUGCUGGCUCUUCUAAAAAAUCAAAUACUGAGGAAAGGAAAAAAAGUGGAAAACUUUCUGCAGAAAGGAGCAGCUGCCUGACAUUCAUCUGCUUUACUCUUUCUUCACAUCAGCUUGAGUGCUGUGCCUGGCUCUUUGGGAGCUGCCGUGAGCAACUCCGGUACAUAUCUGAGACCAAAUAUCUCUUGCAAAAAGUAUUCAAUAAAGUAUUUAAGUUGCAAGUUGCCACUGUCUCCUAUGCUUUCCCUUAGCAGACUACCCAUACAGCCCAGAACCUGG